ACGUGACGCGCGGAAAAACUGGCUGGUCGGAGGUUCCCGCGUGUUGGAUCUCGGCACAACUCGGGAAAGUUUUGUCACAAAAAGACAAUAGCGGCAAACGGCGAAAAAUGGCGAAAAAACACGAAAUCGUUACCGAGCACAUCGUUUAGUAGCGAAUUUUGCUACUUUCUAAUAUGACAACCACAUCUAAAGCACUUUUGAUGGAACAGAACAAUACAAAAUCAGGAGUAACUGCCCUAAGAUAAGAAGCCAUAAGCCUACCGGAUCCGUUAUGAAACGUAAGGCUUACAAAUGUUUAUACGCCAUUGUCGGUGUUUCGAUCUUCCGCAAACUGCUACAAGAGCUGCACCUGUAUCCUUGUGAUACCACGGACAUACGAUCGUUGUCGUUCCAACCUCUGAAUGACGUUUGUGACAAGCUCACUAUAUGGCAUUUCCUACUGAUUAUCUUUGUACUGCUCGCAAGGGUGGUGAAAUGGAUCGUGUUUGGUGAUGUUGUACUGACGCCACUUGAGCUGACCACGAUAAGAGAGAAGUUCAACUAUACCCUUUUCGAGUUUGUGUGUGGGCUGCUGAUCUUUCGAAACUCGCAGGCCGAGUCGAUAGGGAUCUGCGAUGUGUGCCAUUACGCUUUACUCUUUGCGAGCCUGCUCGUUUUGAAAUCUUUCCAUCAUCUCUGUGAUAUUAGGGUGGAAAAGUUACGAGAAGGUAGCAGUAACCGGCCUCUGCUGUACGGAAUCAUCACCCUUGUCGGUACUGAUCUGCUGAUAUUUUGGCAAGCCACGAAUUUCAAACAAACAUCGUUAUUCAUGAUCUUUGGAUAUGAGACUUUGAACUUGUUGCCACUAAUAAUGCACACUCUGUUCCAAUACAAGUUGAAAAGCUCUUCAAGGUCAAGACCAUACCCUCAGCUUCAUUCCUAUACCGUGUUACUUAUGGAGCUACUGAUGACAGUGCUUAGACUGUCACUAUUCUGUCUAUACACCGUGAUGUUCAACAACAACUUGACAACUUACCCUGUACAUGUGAUGCCCUCCGCUUACAAGUGCUUUAGACUGAUGUUGAAAAACUUGAGAAGGUUGAUCAAGUUCAAGAGACAAGAGUACAAAUUUAGGAGAUUUGAUAAACUACCUCGCUUCGAAAGUGAUGAUGACUUGAAGGAAAUAAGGUGCUUUUGCCUUGAAGAAUUGGCGAAAGAUGAUGACAUUACACAGUUACCGUGCGGACACUUAUUCCACCAUGAAUGUGUUAAAUGGUGGCUUAUAAAGAGUGAAACCUGUCCUCUGUGCAGAGAUGAAUUGGCUGGUUCUGCUGUGCAGCGAGCUGGUUAAACUGUCAUGAGCAGAUGAAUUACGACCAAUAUUACUAUUUUUAAUUACCACUGAGGAGAUGU